AUGGAUUCUCGGGAAUAUAUAUCUGACUCCGAUAGUGAUGGAGGAGGAGAUUCAAGUUUAAUUACUCCAUUAUCUGUGUCAAGCACGAGAAUUCGCAAGGUGCUAUCUAGACUCCCUUUAGAUGAUAGAGAAACCAUUGCAACAUCACUACAAAACUCAGGAUACAAAAUACGACAUAGAUAUCAAUUUCAGCAAAGAGAACUGAAUUCAAAUAGCCAGUUGAAUGAAGACCACAUUAAUAACCAAAACAGCAACCAAUUCAAUGCACAACUAGAUGAACAUGAAAUUUCAAUUGAAAAUCUGAUUGGAGAAUCUCCAGGAUCGUUCUCUCCGUCAAGAACUUAUAAUAUUGACGAGAUGUUUUCUGAUAUUACAUAUGCUAGCCAGGAAGAAAAUGCACCAAUAAAGAGUCAGCAAACAUCUCAGAUACAGGAGGUUUAUGAAAGCCAGGUUCCUUUGACUUCAACUUCUACUGAGCAAGAAAUUGAAAUUGAGGACCCUGAUGCUAUCGAGAAUGCUAAUCAUUUGAGGACAUAUCUUGGAUCAAAGCAAAGUAUUUAUGGUCGUAGGGGACUUAGAGAUAGAAGUUUUGCGAAUGCACAUCCUUAUUUAGCAGAUAGUGCCCAUUGGAUGGGUUUGGCAGACGUUGAGAUACUUAACGAUCUCUACAGAGAGAACCAUGACGUCGAACUAAUCGUCAAAGUUUUGAACCAGAAAUACUUGAAAAAUAAAAGAAUGUACCCAAGGGAAGAAAAAUUUAAAUCUAAGAAUUUCUAUUCCUUUUUGAGCAAUGGCAGGGGAUUAGGUGCAAAGCUACAAGAACCUGAUGCGGAUCAAAGUCAGGACCAGGACCAGAGUCAAAGCCACAGCAUACUUGAUUCUACAAAAGAUGAAUCACAGAAUUUAGGCUCACAGAAUAUUGGUUGGUCACAACAAUAUAUAGAAGGUCAAGAUGAGAGUCAGACUGACGAUGAGUACUAUGAAGGAAUCUUACCAGAAAACAACCAAGAAAGUAUAGGAUUUUCCCAAAUGGAACAGUUAAACAGUAAUAUUCAAAAUGAAGAUGAUCUUUUUAAUUUCCCUAACGAUGAGUUUCAAGUCACAGAGGCAGAAAGUUUUAUACAGAAUCAAGAUAACCAAUCUAAUAAUGAAUUUGAGGGUACAGACGACAGUGAAGAUGAUGUUCUAAUUCAGGUUGGCGGAAGGCUCUUGAAAGAGAAGAGUAUAUUACAUGGGGCCCUACCUGAAUCUGCAAAGAGACUUUCUAUUUACCAACCAAGACCUAAACGUGAUAAAAAGAGACCAAGAAAGGUAGAAUACAGGAAGGGUUUGGCUGUGAAGAAGAAUGGCCUCCAAGUGCUGGGAGAUUCUGACCUUCUCAAAAAUUUUGUAGACGAUAACAAAUAUUUCAAUGAGAUUGAAAGUCCUUACAAUAUAUCUGUGCUAGAUAAUAAUUCACCCUUAAACUUACUUUACGAGGGGACUAAUUCUAUAGGUGAUGAUGACCAAUCCUUACUCGAUCAAUAUGGCUCCUCAGCAGCUAUAGAAAGUGUCUCAGAAUCAGAAGAUAGCGGGGAUGAUAUACUAAAUGGAGAAGAGAUUCAACAACCAUUUGAUUGGGAAGUUAUCGAGGAAGAUAAUAUAGAUCCAAUGUUUGCAAAUUCUUCGGCCAGGAAUGGCACUUCGACUUUCAAACGGAACAAAAUACAGAGAAGGCGACUCAAAGAUCCAACAAGAAUACCGAAAAAGAAUUCGGUUACGAGUCAGAGGAGACCCCAUUUCAGUAAUCUUUCCCAACAAACUUCAUUAUUUGGUGGAGCAAUACUGGGUUUUAGUAGACUAUCGAACUUGAGGAAUAAUAGAUCCUUCUUGUCUAAAAAAGUAACAAAUUCCCGGAAACAAAGAACUCCUUUGUCUGAGAUAAAUAUAAGAUCAAACGUGGCCAAAAUAUCUAAGGGGAAGGCUUCCAUUCGUAAAAGUGAUAACUCUCCCCGAAAUAUUCAGAAUGCAAAAGAAGUUUUAAAAUCUAGCUAUCAAUUUUCAAGGAACCCGAUUACAUCGACAGUUUCUGUCGAAGUCGAUAGUGAAAAAAGAUUCAUGAAACAUAUGCAUCCUAUUAAAACAUUUCAAAAUAGAAGAUUGGGUAGUGUGCCAGUUAACCUAAAUAAAGAUGAUUCUUUGGAGUUUCCCACAGGGUUCUUAUUGUCAAGAUUCCAAUACUCGAAAUUAAAUUUAUUGAGAAAUGGACAUACUAAACUUUUAGUUGACACGAAAGAUUCAGUCUUUAUUAACUUGUUUGGAAGGUCCUAUUCAUUUUCUCUUCUAAACAAAUCAAACUCAAACGAGAAUACUUUAUUGCUACUUCGCCAAUUUUCCCGCAUAGUAAGUGAUAGUAGGAUUAAAUCAAACCCGACUUCAAAAACUGAAGCUUACAAUGCAAUUAGUGGAUUAAUUGAAUGGUAUUUAAUCUUGCAAGAGCUACCGAAUGAUGAUGCUUGUUGGCAAAUUUUGUACAAGAUUUGUAAUGAAUAUGGAGGGAAAAGUGAAAAUCUCUUUCUAUACCCUUAUUUCGUAUUAUUACUACAUGUAUGGAUUCAAAUCGGGAUAGGUUUAGGAAUAAACUCGGCAAAGUAUUCUCAAGAUGGAUAUUAUUUUAGCAAAUAUUACUUUAAAUUAGUGUUUGAAAAUAUGACUAUAGAAGAACUCCAUAGUUCAAUAGAAGGAGAAGAUGGCAAUUCAGAAUCAACGAUCCACUUUGAAUCGCUUUACAUAAUUUAUUUGAUUACAAAUGAUGCAAGCAGUUCUGAUUCUAGUAUGUGGUGGGUAGCAAUAGAUGACGGAUUAAAAGAUGUGAAGGGUAAAGUUGAUCAUUUUAACGUCUUGGAUAUUAUCUACUUCUUAUCAACUAACAUUUCUCCUCCACCUAGGAGAGGCAAUCUUUUCUGGAAUCCCUUUUAUUCUUUUUAUGCUAGCCUUGCAGAAUUGGAUACAAGUUCAACCUCAUAUGUAUAUGAUAAAUUUCUAGACAUGGUGUUUCAACUAAAAGAUCAGUACUUCUGGCCAAUAGAGGAGAAACUUAUAACAUUGAUUUAUUCUUCUACUAUUACUGUUAGAAAAUUUGCCAAUUUUUCAAAUGAAUUAAUCCAACCUCAAUUAAUAGGCAAGUUAUUGACAAGAGAUAGCAUACCGGAUACAUCUUUUUUCGAAAGAUUUAUGUAUUUAUUGUUUUCUUAUGUUUCAGAAAUACCAAUCGACGAUGGUGUAAAGAAGAAAAGACUCAUUUCGAAGCUAUUUACAUCAAGUCAUUUCAUUUACCGAAAUGACUCAAGAUACCUAACCAUGUAUGUCAAUAGGCUCAAUUUUAUAUUGUUAUUGAAUCAGUUAUCGAAUAAAAUCAACCUAAAGGGGCAGGUGCUUGACUUAAUUCUUCGAAUUGCAAAAUCUGAUGACUUGGUGUUUUACGCGGUCACUUGUGAAGGCUUAGACAUGUAUACUGAAAUUGUUUCUGAAGAAGUACAAGAUAAUAGCGACAAACUACCACUUGAAAGCUAUUCGAUUAUUAUUGAGAGAGUUGGGGAUUUAUAUAAGAGAAAGAAAUUCCAUGAAUGUUUAAUGAUUUGGGAUUUCAUGAAAACGCUGAUAAGCAAGUGGAAUUCUAAUCCAAGCAUCGUGCUUCUGGUGGUCUGCAAUAUCAACUUGUUCGUGUUUGAUGACCUGAUGUUGUUUGAUCUUUGCGAUUUAAUCUUCAAUAAUUUAAUUAAGCUUGAUAAGAGUGACAAAUUAUUACUUGAAUUAAUUUAUCAAAAAAAUCUAACAUUACUACAAACCCAGAUGGGUCGUUUACCUAUUGUUGACGAACUGAAAAUUUCGCCGAUUAUUGAAGUCUGCAUUAGCAUCUGGAUACUUAGUUCAGUGUCUUUAGAUCCGAAUGUCAAUUGGAAUGAGUUGAUAUUCCAAAAGUACCCAUAUUUGGGUAAUACCUAUCUGAGAGUAAAAUUCAACCUUUAUUUUUACCGAGAGCUAUUGGAAUACUUAGACUUCUCAAAUUUUUUGGAUACGUACCUUACACUAUUUUUACAGACAUUGGUGCCGGGGAAUUCUUUUGCAUAUCAAGCUAAAUUUUUUAACUCCUUGAGGAAGAAAACUUAUGGCAACGUCUUUUGUUUCGAUAAUGAGAUUCAAAAUAGUAUCCAGUUAACCAAUGAUCAAUUUAUUGAUCGCAAAACUUCAAUUUUGAAUACACUUAUGCAGAAUAUUGUUUUAUCUACAGCAUUGACGGGCCAAAGUAUAGGAUUUUAUUUUAAGCUGUAUGUUGAUAUGUUAUUAAAGUAUUUGUCAGAAGCACCCUCACCAUUAAACGAUGAUAUCUAUUCUAGCUAUAUCAGGAAUAUCGAGAUAUUACAAACGCAUGGACUGAAAUAUUUAAAAGAUAAUGCUUGCUUUGAAACUUUAACUAGAAAAUUGGGCUUACUGAGAUUCCAAGUCGAUGCAUAUGCCUGGUUUGACUUAUCUUUGAAAACAAAGUUAUCUUUAAUACAUUCAGAAGUGACAACCAUUUUGAGCAAAAGUAAUUAUAUUAGUUACACUGAGGUCUUUGAUUCGCUUGAGAAAUUCGUCAAGAUUAAUGGAGGUGGAGUAGAUUUCAUUUAUCAUUUGGUUAGUAUAUAUUCGAAAGCGGUUGUAAUACUUCAAUCUGAGAAAUGGACACUAAUUGGUGUGCUUGUCUCAUUUCUUACCAUGAAAUUGAAUACCUGCCAACUAAACCUCACAGACGGAACUUUGAAACAAUUCACAUCACUGUUGGCAGAAAUAGGAUAUCUCAAACGUGAUAGCAAUUCACGCUACUUUCGUCACCAAUUGCUCACACUAAACUCGAUUACAAACUUCCUACAUACCACAUUUUAUAUAUAUGACGGGUAUAAAGAUCAGAUUGCAUUUAAGGAGGAGGUUUUGAAAUUUAUUGAAAAUUACCAUGCAAAUGUUAACUACAUACAGAUCGAUGACUUUCUUCAAUCCUUUUCUCCUUUACGGCCGUUCGAUAUUUCUAGCACUUCAAAUGAAAUGAAGGAAUCGCCGAUUGAAAUAAAUGAACAAAUCGAUGAAGAUGUCUUAGCAGCUUCAUUCAACAAUUUGAUUCAUUUAGUAACGUCAACGUACAAAACAACGUAUUCAGAUAAUUCUACUGAUGCUGAAUGCGUUUCCAUGGAAAGAACUCUUUUAGAGUUCGAAUUUUAG